ACUGUUUAUUACCUAAGCAAUGUCACUAUAGAACGGGUUUUGAUUUAUAGAAAUUAAUAAUCUUUAUAUCAUUGUAUAAGAACGUUGACAUGGCGAGUAAUAUAACAAAUUAUUCCGUCCUGGGACGUAUCGGUGAAGGAGCUCACGGACUUGUAUUUAAGGCUCGGCAUCUUCCUACUGGUCGUGAUGUAGCUUUGAAGAAGAUUCUAAUAAAAAAUUUGGAGGAUGGUAUUCCUCUUAAUGUAAUGCGAGAAAUAAAAGCACUGCAGUUACUUCGGUGUAAAUAUGUAAUAAAAUUAUACGAUAUGUUUCCCCGUGGAAUGUGCUUAGUGUUAGUAUUGGAGUAUAUGUGCUCUGGAUUAUGGGAAAUGCUACAUCAAAAACAACAGGAGUUGACACUACCAAGAGUGAAGACUUACGCCCAAAUGUUACUGAAAGGGACACGUUACAUGCACGCACACUAUGUUAUGCAUAGGGACCUUAAACCUGCAAAUUUGCUAAUCAAUCAUGAGGGUAUACUUAAAAUAGCGGACUUGGGACUUGCUCGUUUGUAUUGGCCUGAUGGUGGAAGGCCUUAUUCACAUCAAGUAGCGACGAGAUGGUACCGCGCACCAGAACUUUUAUACGGCGCUAGAUAUUAUAGUCAAAAUGUAGACAUAUGGGCUGUCGGAUGUAUUAUAGCUGAAAUGAUCACAAAACAACCGCUUUUUGCAGGAGAGUCUGAUAUUGAACAAUUGGCAAUAGUCUUACAACGUCUUGGUACCCCCACUGAGGAGACGUGGCCGAAGCACUCGGAAUUGCCGGAUUACCACAAGAUAACAUUUCCCGAAUCAUCGCCUAUGCCGUGGACGGAACUUUUACCAGGAGUCGAACCUGACGCUAUUCAUCUCAUCAAAUCUUUCAUACUCUACGACGCACAAAAGAGAAUAUCAGCUAAAGAGGCUCUAAAUCAUCCUUGGUUCCACACUAAACCACUGCCAGCCGCACUCGAGGACAUGCCCAAAGCCAACACAAUCAAAACAAAAUGACGACAAAUAAAACAAAUUCGUUGCUAUGCGAGGUGCAGUGUGAUGGUGCCCUUAAUGGUGAAGCCACCCAGCAUUUGACAAAUAUUUCCUCACUGCUCUAUCCACAUCAGCGUCAGGGGACUGAGCUGGCUUACGCAGUAACACUCCCUUUAGUGUUACA